AUGGGGAAUAUAUUAAAUAAGCUACACAUCUGGUAUGAAAAAUUUAUGAAAUUUAAUUUUCCUCAAGAGGAGGUAGAACCUAUUCCACCAAUAGACGGUGACUUUCACGCUGAUAAAAUAAGAAGAUACGGUGAUAACCUGAGAGAUACAAAGCUCCCCUUAGAGGACAGAGGCAAAGCUGCACAUUAUAUUGGACUGCUAGCUUACACAGGUGGUGUCUCCUGUGGUGCUCCUGCCUCAGAAUAUAUUCAGGAUAUGAUUAAUAUUUUGAUCAUGCCAGAGAGCUCCAGGAAGAUGAGGAUUGCAGUGCUGAAAGGGUUAUGUGGUGUGUGCUACAUAAAUUACACCAACCAAAAUGCUGCCAAAGAGCUCCAUCUCGCUGACAUUCUUCUUGCCUUCCUGGAUGAGGAGGAGGAUGAAGAUUCCACUGAUGAUGAGCAGGAUAUCAUCAUUGUGAAGUUCUGGGUCUGUUAUCUCAUGACUGUUGUCAGCUGUAACAACCUCCCUUAUCUUAAAUUAUUUCAGGAUUCAGGCGGACAAAUGCUAGAGAAUAGGCUGGAAUCCCUCUCUAGCAUGGAAUGGUUUGGCUGGCCAGCAAACUAUGCUGAAAUAAUGCUUUCACUCCUGGGAUAUCAGAAAAUACAAUUAAACUAG